UCCAUAGCACACACAGUCUGAUUCUCUUCUUUUACAAAUUAGGUUGUGAGUAUCUCAAUCCAUUUGUUGUUUCUUCUUUUACUUAGAAUAGAGAUGGAGAACUAUGAAAUGGAGGGCCACAAGCCAAUUUCAUCAUUUCAAUUGUUACAAAAGACUAUCCUUGGUGACACUAGCAGCUCCCAACCUCCUAUCAAUAACCCUCCAACAAUGAAUGAAGUUUCUUGUGUUUCCUCUGUCGAUUCUAGAUCAAAACUAGUUGAACAAUUCCCUGAAGGAAAACCUAGUGAUAUGGCACUUAAUUAUGACCAAUACAUGAAGGAUCUUAAAAAGCAAAGGAGAAUCACAUCAAAACGAGUUUCUUCUCUAAGAUCUAGGCUCAAGAAGAAAAUCUUUUUGGCCAAUUUAGAAGUUCAAGCCACAACUUUGGAGAACCAAUUGGCCAGACUUAAAUCACUAGAGGCUUUCCACCAAAAUCAGAAGCAAAUGAUGAUGGUGGAAGAACAUGCAUUGUGUCAGGAAAUUGAAUUUCUUGAGAAAGAGAAAUUACUCAGAGAUGUUGAAGAUGAGAAGAACAUUCGUGAAGCGAAUAGGCUGAAGGAACUCCAGAUAAAGAAAAAUGAGCAAGUGGAAUCAUGGUUGCUGAAUAGAAAACAUGUUGUGUCUGAUGAUCAAAUGUCAAAUUGUUAUGCAAACUCAUAUCAAGUCACAGGAAAUGGAGUGGAGACUCCGUACAUACCACCACAAUCAAGUCAAAUGUGGAUAUAUGGUAUUCCAAACAUGGAUGAAACAUUUGUGACUCUGCCCAACUUUAUGGGAUCGAUGGAUCAGAGGAAUCAUAUAAGCAAUGAAUAUGCUUCGAAUCCUAACCUUAAUUAGCCAUCACUUUUCAUGAAACUUAGGGCUGUUUGCAUAGGAUUGUCAUUUGGUGGUUCAUCUCAUGUUAUGCUUGUUUUUAAAACAUUUUGGCUAUGUUGCGAGAAUCAAUUUCCAGUUUUACAACUUUGAAUUUGUGACUUGAAAUUUGUAUGGUUGGUUGCGUCUCUCAUGAGAACUAAUACAUUUAUAAUUGUGGUUCCUAGAAGUGGUUGUGGCCCACAGUCACAAAUAACAUCUUUUAAUGAUAAUUGCAGGAUUU